AUGUUAGCCAUUGGGAUGCAUGUAGAGAUCCAGCGAUCCGAUGGCCGAAUUCAUGGAGCGGUAAUUGCUGAAGUUCGGAAAAAUGGUCGAUUUAUGGUGGAAUGGCAUGAGAAUGUAAGUGUUUCACAAAAAAAGCUGGGGAAAAAAAGGGAAUCGAUAGGGUUACAUAAGUAAUUAUUUAUUUUGUUUCGUCUGAAUGCAUUUGGGAUUAGUUGAGCCUUACCAAAAAAAAAACGAAAAGAAUGCAUGAACUUAUUUCAAAUAUUUUUGCAGGGUGAAACAAAGGGAAAGGAAUCAACACUCGAUGAAUUGCUCAAAUUGAAUCCGACGCUCAAGAAAAAGGAACCAACACCUCAGCCAAUUGCUCGUCGUCCACCUUCUGAUGAUGAAGACACAUUCUUGUUGGAUAUUGUUUAUGAAAGGAAAGAUCGAAGUGUGGCGAAGAAUACGAGAAGAACCGCAACAAAUGGUGAUUCUCAUCGAAUUGAGCCGGUUGCUCCAGUUCAACGACGUGAACCUUCACCAGUUCAUCGUGAUCCUUCUCCAAUCAAUCGUGCUCCGUCUCCAGCAGCAGCUCAACCAAGAAGAGCAACUCAACCACCGGAACAAAUUGUCAAACCACAAACUCGAAUCAAUCCACCAAGAGCUUCGACAAACUCGGUGACUGCUCCAAAAUCAUUGCCAACAGUGGCGAAAGUUGAGAAACCAAUUGAAAAACGUGAUCCAAGUCCUGUCAAAGUUGUGAGACCAAUCACACCAAUUCAAGAUGUUCCGAAAGCUUAUCCACAACAAGAUGUUCCGUCGACAAAUCAACAUUUCGCGUUUGCUGAAAUGAUCAAGAGUUUUAGAACGAAUGUAGGUUUUUGUCCAGGAAAAAUUGAAACAUUUCAAAUAUUUUUGCAGAUUGAUUAUCGUCCAUUGACAUUAUUCGAUAAUGUAACCGAAAAUAGAAUAUCUGUUUGCGUUCGGAAACGUCCAAUGAAUAAAAAAGAAUCAGCAAAAGGCGAAGUUGAUGUUGUGACAAUUCCAAAUGGUGACAUAAUUGUUCUUCAUCAACCACAAGUUCGUGUUGAUAUGACAAAAUUCCUGGAAAAUCAGAAAUUCCGUUUCGAUUAUUCGUUCGACGAGACUUCAAACAAUGAAACGGUUUAUCGUUUCACAGCUCAACCACUUGUCAAAACAAUUUUCGAACAAGGAACUGCGACAUGUUUUGCGUAUGGUCAAACUGGUUCCGGUAAAACGCACACGAUGGGUGGCGAUUUCUCCGGCAAGAAACAGAAUGCCUCUUUGGGAAUAUAUGCGCUGACAGCGCGUGAUGUUUUCGAAAUGGUCAAAUCGCCGGCGUAUAGAAAGAAGGAUCUUCAAGUUUAUUGUGCAUUUUUCGAAAUCUAUGGCUCGAAAUGUUUCGAUUUGUUGAAUGAUAAAAAUAGUUUGAGAGUGCUCGAAGAUCAACAGCAGAAGGUUCAAGUGGUUGGGUUGAAGGAAGAAUUGGCGACUUGUGAGCAAGAUGUAUUGGAUUUGAUUACAAAAGGCUCACUUGUUAGAACUGCUGGAACAACAUCAGCGAAUGCUAAUUCAUCAAGAUCUCAUGCCGUGUUUCAAAUUAUUUUGAGAAAGUUGGUUUUAAUUUUUUUUUCUUUUUUUUGUUGUUGAAAAUUUUAUUUCAUCAUUUUGCAGAGAGAAGAAGUUGUGGGGGAAGUUUUCAUUGAUCGAUUUGGCCGGAAACGAAAGAGGUCAAGAUACUCGUGACAGUGACAGAGAAACUCGUCAAGAAGGAGCUGCCAUCAACACUUCUCUAUUGGCAUUGAAAGAGUGUAUUCGAGGAAUGGCUAGAAAUAGCACACAUAUUCCAUUUCGACAAUCGAAAUUGACGAUGGUUUUACGAGAUAGUUUUAUGGGAGAAAAGUCGAGAACUGUUAUGAUUUCGAUGAUUUCACCUGGAAUUUCGUCGAGUGAAAACACUUUGAAUACUCUGAGAUAUGCUGAUAGGUGAGUAUUUUCAUUUGAAAAUCGUUAGGAAAUAUUUUUCAAACCUAAUUUAAUAGGAGUUUUUUUUUCAAAAUAUCAUAAUUUCGGGAAAUUUUCAAGGUUUCAUUGAGAAAAAAAUCCCAAAAAAUCACUGUUUCAAAAUGUUUUAAAUUAAAUUUAUCAGAGAAAAAUUGAGAGAAAUUCAAAAACAAAAUUUGACUGCGUACUAGGCUGAGUAUCAAACCUCACUGACGCGUGGAUUUUGAAACCUGAAUUUUCUGAAAAUUGUGAAUUUUCAUUUAUAAAGUAUGAAUUUUCAUUUAUAAAGUAUAAAACCUGAAUUUUCUGAAAAAUUAUAAAAAUGAGCUUUACCACUAACUUUGUUCUGAAAUUUAAAAAUUUUAAGAGAUUCUGGAAAUAUUAAUUUUUUGUUUUAUUCAAAAUUUCAAUUUUCGACCAAAAUCUGAACAAAAAUUUUUGUAAUUUUAUUAAAAAGACUUCUGAAAUCUGAAAAAGUUCACGCCUAAAAAGAAUAUCAAAAAUAUUUUUUUUCAGAGUAAAAGAAAUGGGAACGGAUGGAAAUGGCGAUGCAACUCCGAUUCGAGACGAGGAAAUGUUCCUUCCGCCAAAAAUCGACGAAUCCGACGAAGACGAGGAGGACAACAACACAAUGACAAAAGCGGCCGAAAAUCGAGCAACGUUCAUCGACAACACGAAACGAGCCGAAAACCUAUUGCCACGUAUUCUCGAAGAUGCCUGUUCGACUGACAACUAUACGAGCAGUCAAAAACGAGAACUUUCGCAAAAAAUCGACAACAUUAUCGAUAUUUUGAACAAUGCCAAAGAUGCACUACGCAACACUUGA